AUGAGCGUCCCAACAUAUCUCGGCGCAAGCGGCAAGCCCCUCGCAAUCCUGCAAAUCGCCGCCAUCGUCGCACCCUCCUUCAUCCUCUUCGGUUACAACCAAGCUGGCAUCGGCGGUCUCCUCACCGAAGAAGAUUGGGUAAAGACGUUCCCCGAGAUCGACACCGUCAACACCACCGGCUCUGAGAAGAGCGCAAAGUCAACACUGCAAGGCUUUGUCGUCGCGACGUUCGUUAUCGGUGCUUUGAUCGGUUCGCUUUCUUGCUCGUGGACUGGUGAUAAGUUUGGACGACGAAAUGUUAUCUUUGCGGCUGCUGUUUGUACACUCAUUGGAGAAAUCCUUGAGGCGUCCAGCUUUGGUCUUGCGCAGUUUAUCGUUGGAAGAGUUAUUAUUGGUCUUGGUAUUGGACAGUUGAGUUCUAUUGUUCCUGUUUGGCAAUCUGAGACUUCUGCUGCUCAGAACCGUGGUCGUCAAGUCGUUCUUACCGGACUCUUCAUCUGUCUCGGAUACGUUCUCGAAUCAUGGAUCAACCUCGGUUUCUUCGAGUUCGAGCACGGUUCCGUGACAUGGCGCCCUCCCAUCGCCAUCGCCAUCAUCUUCUCCCUCAUCCUCAUGGCCUCCAUCUACUGUUUCCCCGAGUCCCCCCGCUGGCUCGUCCUCAAGAACCGCUCCGAAGAAGCGCGCCACAGCGUCGCAGCCCUCCGCGGUCUCCCCAUCGACAGCACCGAAGUCCUCGCCGAAGUCGCCGGCAUCGAGCACUCCCUCGAAGAAACCUCCGACAAGGCAGCUCGUCUUGGCGACAUGCUCAAGAUGGGCGACGAUAAGCUCCUCUACCGCUUCAUCCUGUGUAUCCUUCUCCAGUUCUACCAGCAGAUGUCCGGUUCCAACCUGGUCAGCGUGUACGCCAAUAUUCUUUUCCAGAAGAACCUUGGCUUGGACGCCGAGACUUCCAAGGCUCUUACCGGCGGUGCCCUGACCUGGAAGUUCCUCGCUUCGUUCGUUGCCUUUUUCACCAUCGAUCGAUUCGGUCGUCGUGCCGUGUUUAUCAUCAGCGGUGUCGGUAUGUCGGCUUGUAUGAUUGCGCUGGCUGUUAGCACCUCUUUCGGACCUGAGAACAAGCCUGCUAUGAUUGUCGCUGCUGCCUUCAUUUACUUCUACAACACGUUUGUUCCCAUCGGUUUCCUGGGUGCCAACUUCUUGUACUGUACUGAAGUCGCGCCCAUCCGCCUCCGAAUGGCCAUGUCUUCCAUCUCGACCGCCAACCAUUGGCUAUGGAACUUCAUUGUCGUCAUGGUCACUCCCGUCGCUCUCGAGAGCAUUGGCUGGCAGUACUACAUCGUAUACGCCGUCAUCGCUGCCUGCGUUCCCGUCUCGGUGUACUUCUUCUUCCCCGAGACCAUGGGUCGCAACCUCGAGGAGAUUGAGCUCAUCUUCAAGGAGUCACCAUCAGUCUUCUCGACUGUCAAGUUCGCCAAGAACAGACCUCGCAACACUCCUCAAGAGUAUCUUGCUGGCAAGGAGAAGGCAGACCACCUCGAAGAGGGUGAUGAGUAA